UAGAUUUUUGGCGCGCACCUCAUCGCACCGUCGUCUGGUCCUCUUCUCGCCGUAGUCCGUCUCCUCGGCUUCCUCCUCUUCCUCUUCUUCUCUCUCUCCCUCUCUCUUUCUGAUUGUAGACUUUCGAUCAUUGAAACCUAAUUCCCUCAUCUAAUGGAUUUUAGUUUCAACCGGAGGAGGCCGUUCGAGCAUUCUAGCAUUCUCUGCGAUGGCUUCUUUGCCAACGAAGCCAUGCGAGCGGGAUACGUUAGGCAGGGCCUCCUCAGCAGCCAUCGAUUCGAGGAAACCCUAAGUUCAACGGGGGCUCUACAAUGGGAUACGGAGAGGCAGGAGAUCAGAGCGCAGUUGAUCGCAGAGAACGUCGUGAGAAGGCGACAACUCGAGGACGAGAUUCGCAGGGAGAUCGCGCUCGAGCGCGAACUUGUUUUCCGGCGGCAGAGCCGGAUGAUGGAAGCAAUGGCUUCUGUGGCUCCGGAAGUUACGCCGGAGAGCCACUUCGAAGCUUCGCUCUGGCGAGAUAACGGAACGCUGAAUGCCAUGGCCUCUUCUGUUCCAGAAGUUGGGGCAGCGAACCGCUUCUCACUUGCUCCACCACCGUUGCCUGAGUCGGCGUCUGCAAUCGAUCGGUUUCGGCCUCAGUCUGGGUUUAUUGGUGAGCGAUUUCCGGCGGCUAGGCAGUUAAAUACUAGGCUUGUAGGAAUAAAGCGGAAAGUGCCUCCAACACCCUUUUCAGCAGCGGGCUCAGCUGCAUCAUCUGAGAGGGAACUUUCAUGGUUGGGUAUUGCAAGAAAGGAAAGCCAGACAUACCAGAGGGCAUGGAGUUGUAACAUUUGCAACGUGAGAUGCACAAGCAGGGAAAGCUUGUCCGGCCACUGCCUUGGCAAAAAACACAAGGCAAAGCUAGAGGAGUCAAAACUUAAGAAAGUGGAUGUUUCUGUUGGUGAAUUUGACGUUAAAACACCAAGAGGAAAUGCAGCCAAGAAUGUUGUUAAGACAUCAAAACUAGACGGAGGGGAAGGUGCUGUGGAUGAGAUUGACGUAAAAGCUCCCAGAAGAAAUACAAUCAAGGUUGUUGGCAAGGAAACAAAACUAAAGAAACAUGAGCAUACUUUUUCUAAGAAUGAUGUCGACCCCCCACAAAGAAAUCCAACCAUUGUUGUCGAUGCUUCCAGCAAUGCUCUUUUGAACAAGAACCUGAAGCACAGGACAGGUAAUGAGAAGCUGUUGAAGAGUAAUGCAGAUGACCGCGCAUUGAAAAAACUGAAAACGGAGGACUUGAAAACCGACGGGAGAAAGAAAAGCAAUCUGCCAUUCCUCUGUGAGCGUUGUGGUAUUCGGUGCAAUAGUGUCCAUGACCUUGGAGCACAUCUUAAAGGAAAGAAGCAUGCUGAGAAACUGUUGGAACGUGAUAAACCUGGCGGUGCCAAUAGAUCUAACGCAGUAAAGGCGACUGCUGAAUCGGCCACCGCGAUGGAGGGGGAAGUGGUUGUCGGGAAUGAGGUGGAAGCUCAUAAAAGAUGACAUUUUUAGAACAGAAUGACGUUUAUAAAGGUUCUGUGCGUCUGUUAAGGACUUCUCUGGUUGAUGGGGCACCUUUCCAUCUCUCUCUCGUGUGCCCAGGCGUUCCAACGUUAACAAGUUCACAGGCAAAGUAGUUUUUUUGGAUAGUUUGAAACUUUAUUUCUCAACGCAAUGCACUCUUGACUUGGAGAACAAACGAGGUGCAUUUUGAAAGGGCGUUAUGUUACAAACUUUGGUAAUCGGUCACCUUCAUUAUUGUAAUUACCAUCAAAGGUAUUCACAAGCCUCAGUUAGAAUUUAUGCUAAACUUUACGAACUACAGAUCUUGUUUAGCUUUGGUUUGUAAUUUUCAAAUUUUAUUACGUUCCUAAAUAUCAAACAUUAUUGAUCAA